AUGGAGACUGAAAACCAAACUGGAAUUAUACAGUUCCACUUCCAGCCAUUCACAACGCACCCAGGCAUGAGGCAGCUGAUUUUCUGGACUUUUCUGAUUCUCUUCUUGCUCAGCCUGUUUGGGAAUGCUACCAUUGUUCUCAUCAUCUACACCACACAUUCUCUUCACACCCCAAUGUAUUAUUUCUUGGCUAACCUGGCAUGUCUGGAAAUUGCUUAUUCUUGUACCAUUGCACCCCUCACUCUGGCCCACGUAGCUUCUGCAAGAAAGGUCUCCAUCACCUUGGCUGGCUGUGGGACCCAAAUGUUCUUCUUUACCUUCCUGGGAAGCUCUGACUGUGUACUGAUAGCAAUCAUGGCUUAUGACCGCUAUGUGGCAAUCUGUCACCCACUCAGCUACACUGUCAUCAUGAACUGGAGAGUGUGUGUGAAAAUUGUUGUUUGGACCUUGGCCAUGACUUGCUUCUUUGGCAUUCAGCUUUCUAUCUUGAUAUUGACUUUGCCUUUCUGUGUCAAUAAGGAAAUCAAUAUUUUUUUCUGCGAUGUCCCUGUUGUCAUGAAACUGGCCUGUGGCGAUACCCAUUUCCACCAAACUGCCUUUUUUAUUGUCAGCAUUACUGUCAUCACUAUCCCUUUCCUCUUAAUCUGUAUCUCCUAUGCCUUCAUUGUGGCUGCCGUCUUGAGGAUCAGCUCUGCCGCAGGCAGGCAAAGGGCUUUCUCCACCUGUUCCUCCCACUUAAUGGUCGUCCUUCUGCAGUAUGGCUGUGGCAGUUUGAUAUACCUUCGCCCAAGCUCCAGCUACUCACCGGAAGAAGGCCGGGCGGUGUCUGUGGUCUACACCUUUGUCACUCCUGUGCUGAACCCCUUGAUCUAUAGCAUGAGGAACAAAGAGUUAAAGGAUGCCCUUAUCAGAACCUUAAAAAGGGCUGUGCUGCCCCAGAGGAAAUGA